CUCUUAUCUACCAUCUUCUUUCAUUUUGCCCUGUUGUGGUUCUCUAAUAGAAGUAUCUGAGUUAUUUUUCUCUUAUUUCCUCCUGCAUAUCUGGCUGAAGUCAAGCAUCAGAUAUGAAAAAUCAGACAUCAGUGACAGAAUUCAUCCUCCUGGGACUGACAGAUGACCCAGAGCUACAGAUCUUGAUUUUCCUCUUUCUGUUUCUCACCUACAUAUUGAGUGCAACUGGCAACCUGACCAUCAUCACCCUCACCCUGCUGGACUCUCACCUCAAGAUUCCCAUGUAUUUCUUCCUCAGGAAUUUCUCCUUCUUAGAAAUCUCAUUUACAUCUGUUUGCAUUCCUAGAUUUCUGGUCAGUAUAGUAACUAAAGAAAAAACAAUUUCUUAUAAUUCAUGCAUGGCCCAAGUAUUCUUUUUUAUCCUCCUUGGUGCAACAGAAUUUUUUCUGCUAGCAGCCAUGUCCUAUGACCGUUAUGUGGCCAUCUGCAAACCCCUGCACUACACAACUAUAAUGAGCCCCAAAGUUUGUAGCCAGCUUGUAAUCAGCUCUUGGCUGGCAGGUUUCCUCAUUAUCUUUCCACCAGUCAUCAUGGGCCUCCAACUGGAGUUCUGUGACUCCAAUGUCAUUGAUCACUUCACCUGUGAUUCUGCUCCAAUGUUGAUGAUCUCUUGCACAGACACCAAGGUCUUAGAAGUCAUGAGUUUUUUCUUGGCUAUAUUUACACUUCUUUUCACUUUGGCAUUAGUGAUUCUCUCUUAUGGAUACAUCCUCAGAACCAUUCUGAGAAUUCCUUCUGCCCAGCAACGAAAAAAGGCCUUUUCUACAUGUUCGUCCCACAUGAUUGUUGUCUCCAUCUCUUAUGGAAGCUGUAUCUUCAUGUAUGUCAAACCCUUAGCAAAAGAAGGGGUGGCUAUGACUAAAGGGGUAGCAGUGCUGAAUACGUCUGUUGCCCCCAUGCUGAACCCCUUCAUUUAUACCCUGAGGAACCAGCAAGUGAAAGAAGCCUUUAAGGACAUGGUCAGAAAAAUUUUUUUCUCACAAAGAUAAGUAGUUUUAUAUAAAACCUAUACCUGAAAAAUAAAGGAAAACCUAAAUAAACCACAGAGAUCCUCUAGAAAUUCAUUCUCCUACACCUUUACUCCUUACAGCAGUGUGUC